UUAACCAUGUCUUUAAACCUGGGAAGAGCGAAAUAAAGAUGAAGAUUGUUUCUUAAGUGCAAGUAAUUGAGGCUAGUCGUAGUUUAACUUUGAAUGAAAAAUGAACAAAGACGCGGAACUUACGAGCAGUGAUGCUAAUGAUGGAGAGCACCAGGAGGGACUCCUGGAAACUCCAGGGAGUUCAACGAUGGCAUUGUCCCCUUCUAUGACCAUGGAUUAUCGAAUUUUAUGGAUUAGAGAUAAAGUCAUCAAAUUCCUCGGCCUAAAUGAUGAGCACAAAGUUUUAUUCGAUAAUUUAAUCAAUGAGAAUAAUCGAUAUUAUGAGGACAGGCUGUACAACUUUCUAAUUCUCGAUUUGUACGAUACAACAGAUUUGGAAAAGAAGUUGAUACUAUUUUACAAGACGUAUAGGAGUGAAGUGGUGCAGGAAGAGAUUUCAGUGUGGGAAGAAAGUCGCAAAAUAACCGCUGUCGGAUCGUUCUCGGCUAAGGGCCGACCUCAACGAUUAACUAAAAGUGCUCCUGGAAAAGUUGAGAAAUUUGAGGACGAAAAGAAAAAGGAGAAGAAACCGAAGAAGUCGAAGAAGGAAAAAAAAGAAGAGAAUGUUGAAUUGAGCGAUAUAGAUACUGGAUCAAUAUUCACUGGAGUUUCCACUCACGUGCCCUCGGGAACUGAAGAAGAAGGUGGUGAGGAUGGCGAGAGUAUAGCUGCACAUGAAGAAGCCCGUCAAUCUGCUCAAAGUCUACAUAAAGCCAAAGAGCAGGCGAAGAGCGUUGGAACAUUGGGAGGUGUGCCUUUUGUUCCGCCACCCGGGGACGAGGAUAAAUACAUACUGACAAAGAAAGUUGUGGACAAGGUCGUCCAAAUACCAGUGAUUCACAUGCUGUGUGGAGAGAUAGGCCCCGAUGACAAAGAACUGCAGGGCGCAACUCUUUUCUAUUUUUUGAGGACCAAGGACCGGGGAAUUCCUGCUUUCGACACAUGGCAGGCCUGUCAUGAACAAAUCACGGAGUACAUGAUUGUUGGAUCGUUGCAUGGACAGUUUUUGCAGUCGAUGAAUAACAUUCUUGUCCAUGUUUUCAAACCCCUCAUUGAGAGACAAUAUCGUGGUGCGGCAGCUGCACAACGACUAAUUGGUGGUACUCAUGCCAGUACAAAAAGUGAUAGCAUUGGGAAAGCCCAUACGACAUUAACCAGCGUCAUGGAGUCGCAGGCUUCAGCUCUCACUCGACCUUCUCACUACCAGAGGAUGUCCGUCGCGAUCGGAAAAAUUGAAAAUGUGCAAGGACUAUCACCAUUGGACGGAAGGGAUCAGACUACUGUCCAAACGCCCUCGGAAUUGGGAAAAGCCGGAAAACCCAUAACCGGAGCCAAACAAUCGACUCUGGAGUCUUUGACAUCGGAAGCUGCAAAAGUAUCUGAGGAAAAAACAAAAGAACCGGAAAUGGAGCAGAGCAAGCGAGAAAUGCUUGAGUACUUGGAGAAACUGACAAAAGUCGUCCAGUGGACAUUGGAACACGUCGAGGGGGAUUUUUUGCUAAAUGUCCCAAAGUUGGCCGAUAUUGUUGGCUCUGAAACAGUGGAUCCUACAUCAUUGGAGAAAAAGGUUGUUAGUGAUUUGGAAGAAGUGGUCAUGUCUUGGGGAGGCCACAUACAGAAAUCCAUAAAGACGUUUCUGGCAAAGGUGCCUGAUAAGAAAGGACCCACUGCUGAGUACGAAUACUGGCAUGAAAGGGAAACCGAAAUGUCAUUACUAGUUGAGCAACUGAGAACUCCAGCUGUCAAAAAUAUUAUAUCGAUAUUGGACAGUGUGAGAUCGUCAAUACCUUCUGCAUUCAGCUAUUCGGAGAUUGAACUAUUUAAUUAUUAUUCUCAAGCUAGAGAUAAUACCAGAUUCUUAAGCACUGUGUUGAGGCAUUUUAAGUUGAUGACGGAAACCGAUGAUUUCAAAACAAUCGCUGAAUCGAUUCCCGCACUUAUGGAAGGAUUGAGAAUGAUUUGGGUUCUUUCAAAAUACUAUAGUUCCGAGGAGAAGAUGCUUUUGAUGUUGGAUAGAAUUUCUUGGCAACUGUGUCAAAAUACUUCGAAAAAUUUAUCAGUCAAGGAACUUUUUCGGCAGCCAUUAGAUGAAAUUCUAAGAAAAACUCUAGACGCUCACUUAAUGAUGAAGAGUUGGAAAGCAUCGUACUUAAAAACCCGUCAAGAUAUCGAACACUCGGGCAAAGGAACUCGUUGGGAAUUCGAUCAGCAGCGGAUUUUCAAAGAAACCGAAUACAUCGCGAAAGUGUGCGCUGACUUGAACAAAAUAGCCAGUGUCCUCCAAGACUUUUACAACAUAUUCGGAGCGGAUCUAAAAUCAACGAUCAAUGAUCCAGCUCAAAUAGAUACGAUUAUCAAACGAGUCGAUGAAUUGAUUGAUCCCGUGAAAAAUGCUGACUUUAAUAUUUUCACUGAAUUCAACAAGGAAAAUUGGGACGCUACGAUGGACUGGUUUUUUCUCGAAGUCUCGUACCUGGAAAAUGAUGCAAAAUUUUUUAUCGACGAAUGCUUCAUGGAGCUCAUCAGUGCGGAACAGGCACUCGAGGUUUUACUGAAGUUCAAGAACAUGAAGACUAGAGAUGCUAUUCAAAAACAGUUACUCACGAAGUUCGAUAUUAUUAUGCAGCAAUUUUGUAAGGAAAUUAAUGAAGUCGAGGGGAUAUUCAAUCAAGGAAAGAGAGAUCCUCCUCUGCUGCGACACCAUCCUCCAAUCGCUGGAGCAAUAUUCUGGGAGAGACAACUUUUUCACAGGCUCCGUAAGCCAAUUUUAAUUUUCCAAAAUGUGGACGAAAUUAAGGAGAGCCAUUUAAAAGCUAUGACCUUCAGUCGAUAUUUGGAGAUCGCGAGGAAGAUGAAAGAAUACGAGGAGAUGAAAUUUAAUGGUUGGAUAGAUACAGCGCAUGCGAUUGUCGUUCAGACGAUGAAGAAAAAUGUGCUGAAGAUGACUCCCGUGUCUGAUGAAAAGGUAUUGGGGGCUCAAAUAAUCGGGAAGAUCCUAGCAAAAAAAGACAAGAUAAAAGAUAAAGACUCAAAAAACUCUUCGAUUUCGGCGUCUAAAAGCACGAACGUCGAUUCCAUCCUCAAGACAAAAUCCGAAGGGAGAGCACUACGUCAUAGUCGACCUCCACAAAUCUCCACGACGUCAUCUCCUGCUGAAAAGCCCCAGCAGGCCACGAAGGUGACGUGGAUGGAGAUGAUGGAGGGCAAGAUCAUGAUAGAAAACCAAUUGCGAUUCGAAGUGAACUUCGAUUGGGAAGUGUUUGAGAUAAUUCACGAGGCCGAAUUACUCGAGUAUCUCGGAUAUACUCUGCCCGAACCCGUUAGGGAUGUGGGAAUCCAGAGGGAUAGAUUGAGGGGGGAUAUCGAAAGCGCUCAAACCAUGAUCGAUGAGUAUAACGAGAUUAUCAAUAAAUUGGAUCAUGCAGAUGUAAAAUUACUGAAAAAUGUAAUUCAACAAAUCGAAAAGCGCAUUCAGCCAGGAGUAACCCGAUUAAAUUGGUACACUCUGGGAAUAUCUGACUACGCCGAGAAUUCAAAAAAACUCCUCAAGAAUCUGACCUCAGUUGUAGGUCAAGUGAAUCAAAUGAAAUUGAACCUCGAUCAACAAAUAGAGAGGGAAAUCAGUUGUUACAAUUUAUUCACAACAACAAAAGAUCCCAACGAUCCGGACUACGAGCUGAGCACCUGCAAGACCUACUUCCUGGAUAUCGAGUUGAAAAGAACUGAACUCAUCGCCGCGAUGUUGAGAGUGUAUAAUUCCAUCAGUCCCAUGCUUAUCAAAUUAGAGAGUCUCGUUGAGGGAACAUCAACAGGAAGAAGUGCAGCCAUGCAGCAAUUCUAUGAGAGAUAUGAGCAGAAAAUUUUUACUGCAUUCAUCACGUGUUUCGUAAGAAACUUGGAAGUGCUCAAUAAUUUACUCACUGGCGAUAAAGUUAUCUUCCAGGUGGAUGCAAUCUUGCUGGCGUCUGAAGUCGUUCUACGACCUUCACCCAGUGAGAUUUAUUCGAUAAUUCUCCACGAUGUCAAGGAUCUGCUUGAGAGAUGUAAAGUUUUUCCGAGGUGGAUGCUGGGGACUUGCCAUCAGUGCAAACCAAUUAAACAUGAGAACCGUGAGGAGACUACGGUUUUCAGUUUUUUUGAGGAUGUCAUGAAUAUUCAGAUUAUCAAUGACAGGAUCACAGCCGUUCAAGAGACAAGUCACAAAUUAGCGGUGGAUUGCUGGAGAUAUCUCCAAAGAUGGAAAAAAUAUGGAAAUCUCUGGAGGUUCGACAAGAUCCAAUUGUGCGAGACUUUCGCAUCGACAAAUCCAACUCUCCUUCAGUACGACGAGAAGUUCACCUUCUACGGGUCGGUGAUUGAGGAAAUAGACGAAAUGCUCUCAUACUCGGACGUUAGUAGCAUUAGAAUAAAUCUAUCACCUCUCCUGCGGAGCAUCAAAGAUCACGCUCAACAGUGGAAGCAAGAUUUGGGGAAUUAUCUUCUCUCCGAAACCCAACAAUCAAUGAACAAUUUGAAGAGUAAAAUGAAAAAAUUCAGGUUUGAUAUCGAGUUGGUUGUCAGUGGAUUGGAGAAAUUCAAAACAGUUAUGCAGGCCAUAGCGAAUAUCAAGAAAAUGGGAGUCCAGGCGGAGGUACAGUACAACGAAUAUCAGGAGAUAUUCAGGACGUUGAAGAUGCAUGAGAUACAGUACCCCAUUGAAGAUGAAUUAGAGGCUUAUAAGAUCCAACAGGAUUGGGAGUCUCUGUAUCUCGGAGCUUUGUACAGAUCGACGACUUUGGAAAGUACCAAGGACCAAUUCUGUCAGAUGACGCAGGACCAGAUCGAAGAUUUCAGAAGAGAAUGCAUCAGGUUUGCGGAGCAUUUUGAGAAAGCAGGACCUGGCAGUGUUGGAGACGAUCUUGAUACUGGAAUGAAAAUCAUGCCGGAAUUCGGAAGACUCAUCAGUGAGUUAGAAGUGAAACGCCUCGAUCUUGUCAACGCUGAAGUUCUGUUCGACCUGGAGCCAGCGGACUAUUCUCCAUUUAUGAAAGUAAAAGAGGAUUACGAGGGUAUGGAGAUGAUCUUCGCUUUGUACAAGACGCAGAAGAGUGCCAGGGACGUUUGGUCGAAGACCCUUUGGGCAAAUUUAAAUCCUCAACAGCUCAUCGACGGGAUGGAGCUGUACAUCAAAGAGUUUCGGAGACUGCCGAAGCCAGUGAGGAACCUGAGUGUUGGUCAGACAUUUGAGGCGAGCAUGAAAGCGUUUAGAAAUUCAGUGCCACUGUUUGUUGAGCUCAAGAAUGAAGCAAUGCGAGAAAGACAUUGGCAAGAGUUGAUGGACAAGACUGGACAGUAUUUUGAUAUGGCACCUGAAAGAUUCACGUUGGAGAAUAUGUUCGCGAUGGACUUGGCCAAAUUCCAGGACAUAGCCAGCGUAAUCGUAACAAACGCUGUGAAAGAACUGGCGAUAGAGAAAGGUGUUAAGGAAAUAUCGGACUCCUGGAACACGAUGGAAUUCACAGUCAUAAAACACUACAAAGGUUCUGAGGACCGAGGAUUCAUUCUCGGACCAGUGGACGAUCUAAACCAAGUGUUGGAAGACAAUACAAUGAACUUGCAGAGCAUGGCUGCAUCCCAGUUCAUCGGGCCAUUCCUUGGAACGGUUCAGAAGUGGGAGAAGUCUUUGCAGACGAUUUCUGAAGUCGUGGAGGCAUGGAUGGAGCUGCAAAGACGUUGGCUCUACCUCGAGGGGAUUUUCGUAGGAGGAGACAUCAGGACUCAACUUCCUGCUGAGGCGAGAAAGUUCGACGACAUUGAUAACGCCUUCAGGAAACACAUGAUGGACACAGCAAAGCGACUGAAUGUCUACGAGUGCUGCAUGAUUCCUGGAAGGAGGGAUGUCUUUCUGUCACUGAUCGAUGGCCUCGAGAGAUGCCAAAAAUCAUUGACAGACUACUUGAACAGCAAACGAAUGAUUUUCCCGCGAUUCAACUUCCUGAGCAACGAAGAACUGUUAGGGAUCCUGGGGAGCACUGACCCAGAAGCUAUCCAACAGCACAUCGGAAAGAUGUUCGACAAUUUGGAUAAACUCAGGCUUGAAAAGGCGCCGUUAGGUGAUGAUGAAGAGACAACUGUAGCUACAGCACUGAUAUCUUGUGAAAACGAAAUCAUGGAGUUCAGGGAGAAGGUCCUGGCUGAGGGGAAGAUUGAGGAGUGGAUGGUCCACGCGCUGGAGGAAAUGAGACGGUCCAAUCGAUAUCUCACGAAGAAGGCAGUCUAUGAUUACGGAACGGAGAACAGGCCAAGGACAAAAUGGAUCCUCGAUUUUCAGGGGAUGAUGAUCCUUGUGGCUAAUCAAAUUUGGUGGACUGCAGAGGUAGAGAAUGUCUUCAAAAAAAUAAGGGACGGGUCUAAACGAGCUAUGAAAGAGUACCUUCAGCAACUGAAUAAUCAGUUGGAUGAAGUUGUGACCCUGAUGGGUGGCGAUGGCUUGACGACCAACGAUCGUAAAAAAUUGGAUACUGUCCUAACCGUUGAUGUGCACAUUCGAGAUAUCAUUGAUGGGUUUGUGAGGGAUAGUAUUAUGAACGCGAUGGAGUUUGAGUGGGAGAGCCAGCUGAAAUUCUACUGGGUCCAUGACCUGGAUAAUGUCUGGGCUAAUCAGUGUACAGGGAGAUUUGAGUAUGGAUACGAGUAUAUGGGGUUGAAUGGAAGACUUGUCAUUACCCCGUUGACGGAUAGAAUUUACUUGACUAUUACUCAGGCCCUUUCUAUGCAUUUGGGUGGUGCACCUGCCGGUCCUGCAGGAACUGGGAAAACAGAAACCACGAAAGACUUGGCGAAAGCCCUGGGAUUGUUAUGCAUUGUCACUAACUGCGGUGAAGGCAUGGAUUAUGUAGCAAUUGGCAAAACAUUGGGAGGACUAGCACAGUGCGGAGCUUGGGGAUGUUUUGAUGAGUUCAAUCGAAUUGAUCUUUCUGUCCUCUCAGUGAUAUCGACACAACUGCAAACGAUUCGCUCCGCACUUCAAGCUAAAUCUGAUCGAUUCAUGUUUGAAGGUCAAGAUAUCGUGCUGGACAGAAAAGUUGGUAUUUUCAUAACAAUGAACCCAGGAUACGCAGGUCGAACAGAGCUCCCAGAAUCUGUAAAAGCGUUAUUCAGACCUGUAGUAUGCAUUGUCCCUGAUAACGAGUUGAUCUGUCAAAUAAAACUAUUUAGCGCUGGUUUUUUAACCGCUAAAAUUCUUGCCAAGAAGAUGACAGUGCUCUACACUCUUGCGAAAGAGCAAUUAAGUAAACAAACUCACUAUGAUUUUGGUCUUCGGGCGCUUAAGUCCGUUCUUAAUAUGGCCGGACAGCUGAAGAGAACUUCCAUGGAUCUUCCUGAGGAUGUCGUUCUCAUGCGGGCCUUGAGGGAUAUGAAUCUUCCGAAAUUCAUCUUUGACGAUGUCCCACUGUUUCUGGGCUUGAUUAUGGAUUUAUUCCCGGGACUGGAUUGUCCCAGAGUCGGAUACCCAGACUUCAAUGAAGCUGUUGAAACGGUCUUACAGGAGAGUGGGCUCAUUGUACUCCCUCAGCAGGUCGAUAAAGUUGUGCAGCUUUACGAAGUUAUGAUGACGAGACACUCUACGAUGGUGGUGGGACCUACGGGUGGAGGAAAGACUGUAGUUAUCGAAACGUUGUGCAAAGCUCAAACUUUACUGGGGAAAUCUACCAAGUUAUAUGUUCUGAAUCCAAAGGCAUGUGCUGUAAUUGAACUUUAUGGAGUUCUGGAUCCACUGACAAGAGAUUGGACAGAUGGUCUCCUCAGCAGCAUUUUCCGUGAGAUCAACAAACCUCUGGAGCCAUCAAGAGAUGAGGCAAGAUAUAUUCUGUUCGACGGGGACGUUGAUGCCCUCUGGGUCGAAAAUAUGAACUCUGUGAUGGAUGAUAACAAGAUUCUAACUCUUGCGAAUCAAGAAAGAAUCAAACUUCAGAAUUACUGCAGCCUCCUCUUUGAAGUUGGCGACCUGCAAUACGCCUCCCCGGCGACGGUUUCUCGAGCAGGUAUGGUCUAUGUCGAUCCGAAGAAUCUUGGAUACCAGCCAUACCUCGAUCGAUGGAUAAACAGUAGAGCAGAAUCUGAACAGUCAACCUUCCGAGAGCUGUCUGAAAAGUACGUCGAGGGUGCGAUGAAACUCAUCUUCCAAGCAAUGUUUGGACUACAGACAGUAACCCCAUUGAAAAUGAUCAUCCCUCAGACAGCCUUGAACCUGAUUACCCAACUGUGCUACAUAAUCGAUGCGCUCUCUCACCAGCAAUCGAAUGUAGAAACUACUCCGAGACCGAGGGAAAGGUCCAUCGAUGAAGACGAUGAAAAUGUGAACGACCAAUUCACUGAGCACAAGGAGCUCAUGGAAGCCAUUUUCAUCCAAUCCUGCUAUUGCUCCCUUGGUGCAGCUCUUGAAGCCGAAUCUAGACCUCAAUUCGACGAGUUCAUGAAGAAGACAGCAGGCCUCAUGAUGAUAGAAGACACCCCAGACAAAUUAGCAACAGUCCGCUACAUCCCUAUAACGUACUCAUCGCUUUACGAUUACGUUCUAGAUGUCACCGAGGGAGUCUGGAGGCCCUGGAAAGCACUGAUCCCGCCAUACAUUCACCAAAGAACCAAGAAGUUCAGUGAAAUCCUCAUCCCUACGAUUGAUACCAUGAGGACAACAUGGUUCGUCAGUCUAAUGAAUCAUUUAAAGAGGCCAGUGCUAUUAGUCGGACAGACAGGCACAUCCAAGACAGCUGUCAUUCAUGAAUUUUUGAGGAGUCUGGACUCCGAAAGAUUCCAGAAACUGCUCAUUAAUUUCUCUUCUAGAACUACCUCUCUGGACGUUCAGCGCAACAUAGAAUCUGUCCUAGAGAAGAGGACGAAAGACAUUUACGGUCCAUCUCCUGGGAAGCAGUUGACGGUCUUCAUAGACGACAUGAAUAUGCCAUUGGUUGAUACUUAUGGCACCCAACAGCCGAUUGCACUCCUGAAAUUGCUCCUCGAACGUGGAGGAUUCUACGACCGCGGAAAAGAUCUCAAUUGGAAGAAUAUCAAGGAUAUCUGUUAUCUAGCUGCAAUGGGGAAAACAGGUGGUGGAAGAAAUGAGGUAGAUCCAAGGUUCAUCUCCAUGUUUACGGUAUACAACGUUACUCUACCCAGCGAGGAAACCCUCAACUAUAUUUAUACCAGUAUUUUAAGUGGCCAUCUCGAGAUCUUUCCUGAUGAAGUACAAGAGAUCGCUGUUACUCUAGUGGAAUUGACUCACGACUUGUACAAGAUCGUGACGACAGAGUUACCGCCGACGCCCUCCAAAUUCCACUACAUUUUCAACAUGAGGGACCUCUCUAGGAUCUCUGCAGGAUUACUCCAAAGUGCUCCUGAGUAUUUCCCCAAUACUCAACAGUUUACGAGGCUCUGGAGAAAUGAAUUCAUGAGAGUGAUUUGCGAUCGUCUGAUAAACGACGAUGAUCAAGCGUUAGUACGUGGACAUCUGGAGGCAAAAGUCAAGGCAGUGGCAUCCUGGGAGGACGAACCGGCGAUUAUAGAUUAUAUUCUCCGUGAUCCCCUUUUGUUCGGAGACUUCCGAAAUGCUUGCAAUGAGGAGGAUCCUCGAUUCUAUGAAGACGUACUCGAUUACGAAGUGGUUUACAGUCUCUUCAUGGAAAUUUUAGAAGAGUACAACGAGAAGAACCCCAAGAUGAAUAUUGUUUUAUUCAAUGAUGCCUUAGAACACCUAGUGAGGGUUCAUAGAACGUUGAGAAUGCACCAAGGACACAUUCUGGUGGUAGGAAUCGGGGGAAGUGGAAAGCAGUCAGUAAUAAGAUUAGCUGCCUUUGCGGCGAAUUGUGAAAUCUUCGAAAUCUCAUUAGGAAGAAAUUACAACGACCACAGCUUCCGGGAUGACAUGAAGAAACUCUACAAUAUUGUAGGCGUUGAAGAUAAAAAAAUUGUCUUUUUAUUCACGGCAGCACAAGUUGUCGACGAGAGCUUCCUGGAAACUGUAAACAAUAUGCUGAUGACAGGAGUGGUGCCAGCACUAUUUUCCGACGAGGAGAAAGAUUCAAUUGUAAAUACCUGCAGAGAUCGAGCGCAGGGAGCUGGUUUCGGCAUAACAAAAGAAAAUGUCUGGAGUUACUUUGAAAAGACCUGUAUCUCGAACCUAAGGAUAGCCUUGUCAAUGAGUCCAGCAGGCGAUAUCUUGCGUUGCAGAUGUCGAAGUUAUCCUGGUCUAGUCAGCAGCACGACUGUCGACUGGAUGUUUCCGUGGCCAGACCAGGCCCUCCAUGCAGUUGCCACGGUUGUCCUUCGAGAUAAUCCUCAUGUCUCCGAGGAACAUCGGAAAAAUAUUAUUCAACACGUCGUUCAUGUUCACAAGUCCGUUGGUGAAUACACAAUGGAAUUCUUGACGAAGCUUCGAAGGAGAAACUAUGUAACUCCAAAGCAUUUCUUGGAUUUUAUCAACACGUACUUGAAUCUUCUGGCUGAGAAGAAAACUUAUAUAAUUUCACAGUGUGAAAGGCUCUCGGGCGGUGUAAAGAAGAUAGCGGAGGCAUCUGAAACUCUCGUAGAACUCAACGAAAUCCUGGCUAUCCAGAGGGUCAAAGUAUCGAACCAAACCCAGAACUGUGAGAAGCUACUGGGUUCAAUCGGUGAGAGCACGGACAUUGCCAUGGAUAAGAAGAAACUGAGCACCGAGAAGAGUGAGGAAAUCGAGAGCCGGAAGAAGACAAUUGCAAAGGAAUCAGCAGAGGCUAAAGCGGUUUUAGCUGCAGCACAGCCAGCUUUAGACGCCGCUAAAAUAGCUCUCAACGAAUUAGAAAAAAGUGAUAUUACUGAGAUUAGAUCCUUCGCAACUCCCCCAGAACCUGUGCAAGUAGUUGGUGAAUGCAUUGCAAUUAUUAGAGGUGCGAAAGAGAUCUCUUGGAAGACAGCCAAAGGACUAAUGAGUGAUCCCAGCUUUCUGAGAACUUUACAAGAAAUGGACGUCACUGAAAUUACUCUUAAACAGCAACAAGCGGUAAAAGCUCAAAUGAAAAAGUCAGAUAAAUUAGACCAGAUGGAGUCUAUCAGCAGAGCUGGUUAUGGUCUCUACAAAUUUGUCCUUACGGUCUUGGAAUAUUGCGCAGUAUAUCGUGAAGUAAAACCGAAAAUGGAAAAAGUACAAACACUGGAGGUAGAAGCAGAGCGGGCUCAGAAGGCUCUAGAAAAAGAGUUGAAAGAACUUCAGAAAAUUGAAAAGCAGUUGAAUGAAUUGAACGGAAAAUAUGAGAUAGCUUUGGCUGAUAGACUAGCCCUUCAGGAAGAGACCGAUCUUUUGGAACGACGUCUCAUAGCCGCCGAUAAACUGAUAGGAGGAUUAUCUUCUGAAAAUGUGCGAUGGAAAGAAGAAUUGGAAAACCUACGGGCAGAACUCGAACUAAUUAUAGGAAAUAGUCUUCUAUCUGCAGGAUUCCUAUCCUAUACAGGUCCAUUCAGCUAUGAGUUCAGAAAUCAAAUGGUAUAUAAUGACUGGCAAAACAGCGUCCGCGAGAAGAGCAUUCCGAUGUCUCAACCGUAUCGAAUUGAAAUUCAGCUAACUAACGAUGUCGAGAUCAGCCAAUGGAACUCAGAAGGUUUACCACCUGAUGAACUUUCAGUUCAGAAUGGAAUUCUCACAUCGCGGGCUUUGAGGAGUUCCCUAUGCAUUGAUCCUCAGCAGCAGGCGAUAAACUGGCUGAAGAAGAAAGAACACAAAAAAAAUCUCAAAAUUCUGACAUUCAACGACGCGGAUUUCGUGAAACAAGUGGAGAUGGCUAUAAAGUUUGGCUUUCCUGUUAUCUUCCAGGAUGUUGACUACAUCGAUCCGAUUCUCGAUAAUGUCCUCAUGAAGAACCUUCAGACUGUGGGGGGACGGACAUUCGUUAUGUUAGGUGACAAAGAAGUAGAUUAUGAUCCCAAAUUCCAAUUAUAUCUCAUCACGAAGCAAUCGAAUCCAGCUUUCAAUCCAGCGAUUUAUUCCAAAGCUACGGUAAUCAACUACAUGGUGACAUUGUCCGGUUUAGAAGAUCAAUUGUUAUCUGUCGUUGUGAGAACUGAGAGACCAGACAUUGAAGAACAGCGAGAACUGCUUAUUGCUGAAACCAGUGAGAAUAAGAAUCUUCUGCGACAACUGGAAGACAGUCUACUCCGAGAGAUAUCUACGAACCAAGGAAAUAUGCUAGACAACAUUGACCUGAUCGAGACCCUAGAGAACACGAAAACAAGCGCUACUGAGGUCACAGAAAAGAUUGCUCUAGCCGAAGUGACAGCCAAGGAAGUCAACAAAUUACGAGAUGGCUAUCGUCCAGCAGCCAAGAGAGGAGCUAUCCUCUUCUUUGUACUUUCUGACAUGGCAGUUGUCAAUUCUAUGUAUCAGUAUUCACUUACCAGCUAUUUGGAGAUCUUCACGUAUUCCUUGAAGAAGGCCCUGCCGAAUCACAUCCUUGGACAUCGUCUGAGAAACAUCAUCAGCACCUUGACGAAGAAUGUGUAUGACUAUGGCUGCACUGGUAUCUUCGAGAAGCACAAACUUCUAUUUUCCUUCCAGAUCUGCACGAAAAUUGAGCAGGACAUUGGUAACAUUACUCAAGUGGAGUUGGACUUCUUCAUCAAAGGGUGCGUAGCUCUAGAGAAGACUCAGAGACCAAACCCAGCGAUGUGGCUUCCCUGGACAAAUUGGGAGGACAUUGUCAAGCUCUCUACAGAUUUUCCGGCAGAAUUCGCUGAACUGUGUGAUGAUUUGAGAAGUGACAUUGAUGACUGGAAGCAGUGGUACGAGUCGGAUACUCCCGAAGUUGAGGAUUUUCCAUCUGGAUACUCUGUAAAGCUCAAUCCCUUCCAGAAAUUGAUGCUUUUACGGUCUUUCAGAGUAGACAGGGUAUACUGUGGUCUCGUCAACUUCAUCUCUGAAACAAUGGGAGAAGAAUACAUUGCCCCACCGAACGUAAGUUUUGAUAUGAUCUACGAUCAGAGCACUUGCACGAUGCCUGUCGUAUUCAUUCUCAGUCCCGGGUCAGAUCCCAGUUCUGAACUAAUGAAAUUAGCAGAGAGAUACGGAUGUGGUGGAGGAAAGUUUCAGUAUCUGUCUCUAGGACAAGGACAAGAGAAAGCAGCAGUUCAGCUUCUAGAGAACGCGACCGCUAGAGGCCAAUGGCUGAUGCUGCAGAAUUGUCAUCUGCUUCUGAAUUUUACUCGCGAGUUGGAGAAGAGAUUGGAAAUCAUCGGGAAACCUCAUCCAGACUUCCGGCUUUGGAUUACGACAGAUCCAACUCCGAAUUUUCCCAUUGGGAUUUUACAGCAGUCCCUAAAAGUUGUCACUGAACCUCCUAAUGGUCUUAAGUUGAACCUGAGAAAUACAUACUUCAGGAUGAGGGAGCAGGCGCUUCAGAACUGUGAGCACCCAAUCUUCAAGGAUUUGGUGUAUGUUCUUGCGUUCUUCCACGCUGUGGUACAAGAGAGAAGAAAAUAUGAUAACAUAGGAUGGAAUAUUAACUACGACUUCAACGAAUCGGAUUUCAAUGUCUGCACUUCGAUACUGGAGACUUACUUGAGAAAAUCCUGGGAGAGGAAGGAGGAGAGAAUUCCCUGGAACAGUUUGAAGUAUCUCAUAGGGGAGGUCAUGUACGGGGGGAGGAUCAUUGAUAGUUAUGACAGGAGGAUCGCAAAAACGUACAUGAACGAGUACUUUGGGGACUUUCUUUUUGAUGAGUUCCAGCCGUUCCACUUCUACCAGGAUAACGAUGUCGAUUAUGUCAUCCCUCCGGCAGGGAAUCGAGAAUCGUAUAUCGAUUUCAUCGAGGAAUUACCUCUGGUGAAUUCCCCCGAAGUCUUUGGCCUUCACCCCAAUGCGGAAAUUGGAUACUUUACGCGGGCGACUAAGGAGGUCUGGGCAAAUCUCAUAGAGUUACAGCCGCAGACAGGUGUAGGCUCAGCAGGAAUCAGCAGAGACGAGUUCAUCGAUAAUCUAGCUCAAGAUAUAUUGGCCAAGAUCCCUGGGGAUUAUGAUUUAAUCAAGGUGAAACGGAACUUUGGACUGGGAGUGACACCGACGGCGAUUGUAUUGUUUCAAGAGCUUGAGAGGUUCAAUAAAUUACUCCGAAGGAUGAGGACCACCUUAUCUAAUUUGAGAAAGGCAAUUGCUGGAGAAAUAGGAAUGGAUUCGGUUCUAGAGAGUGUUGGGAAUGCACUUUAUAAUGGAAAUUUACCCCUUGAAUGGGCAAAAUUGGCACCCCCUACCAUGAAGAACCUGGGAGGGUGGAUGGAACAUUUCGAUAGACGGAUUAUUCAAUACACAAAUUGGGCCGGAUGCAAUGAACCUGUGGUCAUCUGGCUCUCAGGUCUCCAUAUUCCUCAGACUUAUCUAGCGGCUCUAGUGCAGAUGGCAUGCAGGCGAAACAAUUGGCCCCUGCAUAAAUCACUAACAUACACAGAAGUCUCCAAGUUUUCCACCGUUGAGGAAGUUGAGGAAAGACCUGACCAGGGCUGCUACGUGGAGGGAUUGUAUUUGGAAGGCGCUAGGUGGGACAAGAGGGACCACUGCCUCCGCAGAUCGCACCCCAAAAUUUUAAUCGAGGAAUUACCAAUUUUAACGAUUAUUCCUAUUGAAUCCCAUCGUUUGACAUUACAAAAUACUAUCAAAACGCCUGUUUACGUGACUUCGCGACGUCGGAAUGCGAUGGGCGAGGGGCUCAUGUUUGAAGCUGAUCUCAGGACUACUGAACAUAUUUCUCUGUGGGUUUUACAGGGUGUUUGCUUAAUUUUAAACACUGACUAAUGUCAAUGUAAUAUAAUCUAUACGUAAUCAAUAAUGUUACAAUAUAUUGUUUGGAAGGAAAAUAUUAGAAUGUCGG